CAAGUCAUUGCGUUCCAUAACACCACAUGCACUCACUGCUGUCACUGACAUGGAUGCUAUAGAUACCGACCGUUGGUCUUUUUGAUCGAGAAGCGGACGUUCAGAAAUAAUAACACCAACGUACAGUGCAUGCUAACGUAAAAAAACAAAUGUAUAUCGCCGACGUAAAUUAAUUACACCUCGGCGGAUUGAUGCUGGGGGAUGAUCAGAGCCACACAGCAACUACACGCGAGGGCGCUCUUCUAGACACACCGGAGAAGCGUACAAACAUGGCGACGCGGCGGUCAUUCAAGAUGCUGUCUCCUCUUCGGUUUACAGUAUAUCUUUUAAUAAGCGUGGUGCCUGAGUCUUCUUCCUCCACGCUUCGGGUUCACCAGAACGAGCGUUUCAUGCUGCCGCAAGACAGGGGGUUUUCGUGGGUAAGCGCUAACGAAAUUCAGCUUGGGGCGAACGGCGAGGCAAUCACACAAACGCUGCGCGGAGAGAGUGGAGGCAGAACGGCUUCGGCUGCGCAUCAGCAUCGCAGUCGCAGGAGCGCUGCAGAGUCGCCCCUGCCGAAGGUGUACGGGAAGGCGAACCUGAACGACUCACACAACCAGAUGGUCGUGCACUGGGCUGGAGAGAAGAGUAACGUGAUUGUUGCACUGGCCAGGGACAGUGCAGGGGCCACUGGGCCCAAGACCAGCUCGGUCUACGUCUCCUAUGACUACGGCACCAGUUUCACGCCCAUCUCCGACAAGUUCCAGCUGUCCAGCAAAAAGAAGGGAGCGAAGCAGGUUAUCGCCCAAUUCUACCACAGCCCUGCUGACAACAAGAGGUACCUCUUUGCAGACACCACCAACAGCUACCUGUGGAACACCUUCGAUUUCUGCAAGACCGUCCAGGGCUUCUCUCCCCCUUUCAAGCCUACGGACCUACUGCUUCACAGCACGAGGCCCAGUCUGUUGCUGGGAUACGACAGCUCGCACCCCAAUAAGCAGCUGUGGAAGUCGGAUGACUUUGGAGAGACGUGGGUGUUGAUCCAAGAACAUGUCAAAUCAUACUUUUGGGGGGUGGAGCCCUAUGAUCCGCCCACCACGGUACUGGUGCAGAGGCACGAGCCCCAGGGCGUCUCCACCGUCCUCAGCAGCACCGACUUCUUCCAGAGCGAGCAGAACCGACACGUCAUCCUGGAGCGGGUCGACAGCUUCCAGCUCCGGGACAAGUACAUGUUCGCCACCACCACCGCCUCGACUCCACAGGAGGGCCAGAACCCCUCCUCCGUCCAGCUGUGGGUCUCCUAUAACCGCCAGCCCAUGAGAGCUGCCCGCUUCAUGACCCGCCAUCCAAUCAGCGAGUACUACAUCGCUGACGCCUCGGAGGACCAGGUGUUCGUGUGUGUGAAUCACAGCAACAACGCCACACACCUGUACAUUUCUGACACUGAGGGCCUGUCCUUCUCCCUGUCCCUGGAGAACGUGCUGUACUACAGUCCCGAGGGCUCAGGAAGCAGCACGCUGAUCAGAUACUUCGCCAGUGAGCCCUUUGCAGACCUGCACCGGGUGGAGGGCCUGAGGGGCGUGUUUGUGGCCACGCUCAUCAACGGCUCCCUGAGUGAGGACAACAUGCGCUCCGUCAUCACUUUCGACAAGGGCGGCACCUGGGAGCUGCUGACCCCGCCCACUGCUGACAGCCUGGGCGGGACUGUGAACUGCCAGCUCUCCAGGGGGUGCUCUCUGCACCUGGCCCAGCGCUGGAGUCAGCUGCUCAACAUUCAGCUGCGGCGCAUGCCCAUCCUGUCCAAGGAGUCUGCACCUGGCCUCGUCAUGGCCACAGGUUCUGUGGGGAAGAGUCUGGCCAACAAGCCCAAUGUGUACGUGUCCAGCAGUGCUGGGGUCCGCUGGAGAGAGGCGCUGGCGGGACCCCAUUUCUAUACCUGGGGGGACCACGGUGGGAUUCUGAUGGCCAUCCCUCAGGGGGGGUCCACCACCCAGCUCAAGUUCAGCACCAACGAGGGCGAGACGUGGACGCCGUUCCAGUUCUCCUCGCGGGAGGUGUACGUGUACCAGCUGCUGACGGAGCCCGGCGAAAAGAGCACCAUCUUCACCGUCUUCGGCUCCUACGCCGACCAGCGGCACAGCUGGCUCAUCCUGCAGAUCAACGCCAGCGACGUGCUGGGCGUGCCCUGCGCAGAGGGAGACUAUAAGCGCUGGUCCCCCUCAGACGAGCGUGGCAGCGCCUGCCUGCUGGGCAGGGAGAUGGUGUUCAAGCGCCGCUCCCCACACGCCACCUGCUUUAACGGGGAGGACUUCGACCGGCCCGUCACCGCCACCAACUGCUCCUGCACGCGCCAGGACUACGAGUGUGACUACGGCUUUAAGCUGAGUGAAGACCUGUCUCUGGAGGUCUGUGUUCCAGACCCGGAGUUCUCGGGCAGUCUGUAUGCCCCGCCGGUACCCUGCCCUGUAGGAACGACCUACCGCCGCAGCAAAGGGUACAGGAAGGUGUCGGGGGACAGCUGCAGUGGGGGUGAUGUGGAGGCCAGGCUGGAUGGAGAGAUGCUCCCCUGCCCUGUGGGAGAGAGUAAUGAGUUCAUCUUGUACGCUGUGCGUAACUCCAUCCAUCGUUACGACCUGGCCACCGGCACGGACACGCCCCUUCCCCUCUCUGGCCUGCGCGAGGCCGUCGCCCUGGACUUUGACUAUGAGAGGAACUGCCUGUACUGGGCUGAUAUCGCCCUGGACACCAUACAGAGACUCUGUCUGAAUGGCAGCUCUGGACAGGAAGUGAUCGUGAGGAGGGGCCUGCAGAAUGUGGAGGCCCUGACCUUUGACCCCGUCAGCAGGCUUCUCUAUUGGGUGGAUGCUGGAGCGCAAAAGAUUGAGGUGGCUAACGCUGAUGGAGACCUGAGACGCACCCUGCUGAACUCCUCAGUGCUGGAGCACCCCCGAGCUCUGGCCCUCAUCCCCGCCGAGAGCCUGAUGUUCUGGACGGACUGGGGGGAUCGGGCCGCGGGGGUGUACCGGGGCUGGAUGGACGGGUCCAACGCGUCCUGCAUCGCGUCCGAGGGCGUGCGCUGGCCCAACGGCAUCGCCGCCGACGACCGCUGGCUGUACUGGACGGAAGCGUUCGGCGAUCGCAUCGAGAGGGCCGACUUCACCGGGGGCCAACGCAGCGUCGUGCUGGCCGGGCUGCCCCACCCCUACGCCAUCGCCGUCUUUAAGAAUGACAUCUACUGGGACGACUGGUCGCGGAUGGGAAUCUUCAAGGCCCCCAAAUCCGGCUCCCUGGAUAGCGAGCUGCUGGUAGGCCGGCUGACCGGAGUGAUGGACCUCAAGAUCUUCUACAAGGGAAAGACUAAAGGUCGUAAUGCCUGUGCCAGUCAGCCCUGCAGCCUGCUGUGUCUGCCCCAGCCGGGUCACCGCCAUACCUGCGUCUGUCCAGAGGGGGCGCCCACCACCCUCCUGCCCUCUGGAGAGGUCCAGUGCCAGUGCCCUACUGGAUACCUCCUGCGCAACAACACCUGUGUAAAGACAGAACACACCUGUCUGCCCAACCAGUACCGCUGCGCCAACGGCAAGUGCAUCAGCAGCAUCUGGAAGUGCGACAGCGACAACGACUGCGGCGACAUGAGCGACGAGCUCGAGUGCCCCACCACGUCAUGUGACCCGGCCGUGCAGUUCCGCUGCGUGGUGUCCGGCUCCUGCAUCCCCCUGGCCUUCCGGUGCGACCACGAGGAUGACUGCGGGGACAACAGUGAUGAAGAGCACUGCGAGAGUCACCAGUGCGGGCAGGGGGAGUUCACGUGUGCGCGGGGCGUGUGCAUACGGGACGCCUGGCGGUGCGAUGGAGAUAACGACUGCAGGGAUUGGUCUGAUGAGGUCAACUGCACUGUGGGCCACCACACCUGUGAGUCCAGAAGUUUCCAGUGCCACACGGGUCACUGUAUCCCGCAGCGCUGGGUGUGUGACGGGGAUGAUGACUGCCAGGAUGGCUCUGACGAGGAGCCGUCACAUUGUGGAGGCGAGCGCUGUAACGGAUUCCUCUGCUCCAACGGCACCUGCCUGCACUCCAGCGCUCACUGCAAUGGCGUGAAGGACUGCCCAGGGGGCGCCGACGAGCAGCAUUGCGACCCGCUGUGCACGCGCUACAUGGAGUUUGUGUGCCGGAACCGCGCUCAGUGCCUCUUCCAGUCGCUGGUGUGCGAUGGCGUCCGACACUGCGAGGACGGGUCGGACGAGGACGCCGCGUACGCCGGAUGCCCCACAAGACCAGAAUUCGAGAAGACGUGCGACGCGUACACCUUCCAGUGCUCCAACGGCGUGUGCGUGAGCCUGGAGUGGAAGUGUGAUGGCAUGGACGACUGCGGCGACUACUCUGAUGAGGCCAACUGCGGUUUGACCACAGACGUGCCGGGCUGUUCGCGGUACUACCAGUACGAGUGCGCUAACGGCCGCUGCGUGCCCACCUGGUGGAAGUGUGACGGGGAGAACGACUGCGGCGACUGGUCUGACGAGUCUCACUGCAUAGACAGGGUCACACCCCACACCCCGGCCCCCACGCCGGUCUCCUGCUCCCCUAACCGCUUCCACUGUGGCUCUGGGGCCUGCAUCAUCAGCACCUGGGUGUGUGACGGGUACGCCGACUGUCCCGACGGCUCGGACGAGCUGGGCUGCCCCACGGGUUCCAAUGGGACUGUGACCCAGGCUGCCCCUCCCACAGCUGCCCCCACACUCCCCCCCGGCCACUGUAACAGGGGGCAGUUUCCAUGCCAACACCCCCCCGCCUGCAUCCCGGACUGGCAGCGGUGUGACGGGCGCGUGCACUGCCUGGACGGCUCUGACGAAGCCCACUGCCCCACCCGGGGGCCGCUGUCCUGCGUGAACGGCACGCUGUGCGCCGAUAUGGAGGCCUGCGUGAUGGACAGCGAGCGCUGCGACGGCUUCAUGGACUGCUCCGACCACAGCGACGAGGACAACUGCACCGCUGACACCUUGGUCUAUAAGAUCCAGAACCUGCACUGGAGUUCGGACUUUUCUGGCGCCGUUACCCUCACUUGGUCCCGCCCCAAAAACCUGCCCCUGUCCUCCUGCUACUUCCUGGUCUAUUACAGGUUGGUUGGUGCUCAGCAGUGGACCCUCAUGGAGACACACAGUGUUAAGAGCAGCUGCACACUGACAGUGCUGAAACCUGACACCACCUACCAGGUGAAGGUGCAGACCCAGUGUCUGAACAAACUGCACAAAACCAACGAGGUCCUGACGCUCCGCACGCCAGAGGGAUUGCCAGACCCCCCCAGGGACCUGCAGCUGUCAUGUGACAACGGGGAGGAUGGCACAGUGGUUUGCUCCUGGAACCCCCCUGAUAAAGCGCAUGGUUUGAUCCGGGAGUACCUUGUAGAGUACAGUCAGACGGGCAGUGCGGAAUGGACGUCACAACGCAGCAUCACCACCACGACAGAGGUCCACAGCCUGCAGCCUAGCGCCCUCUACAGGUUCCGGGUGGCGGCAGUGACUGGCCGGGGGGUGGGGAACUGGACGGAGAUUAAAAGCAUCACCCCACAGAAAGCUCUCACUCCCCCGUCUGUUGAUCUGGACCAAGUUACAGAAAACUCUGUCAGUCUCACGUUCAGUUUUAACUCCCAAUAUGAGGUAAAGCAGUACAUGGUGGUGCUCUCCUGGGCAUUUGACGCUCAUGUGAAAGAGAGCAGGAACUACACUGUGCUGGGGAAGAUUCUGAAAGUGACUAAUCUGACCGCGGGGACGGUGUAUGAGCUGGCAGUGUGGGCCCACACCAGCGUAGGGGACAGCCCCACUGCCCUGUUCCACCUGCAGACCAGCGGCUCUCAGCCCGCCCCUCCCUUCCUGAAGGCCCGCCCCCUCAACCAGACAGCUGUGGACUGCAGCUGGACCGGCGCCCCUGCAGAGGUGUACGGCGUGUUCUUCGCUCCCUCCUUCCUGGAGCUGUACCGUAGCCCUCGCAGCCAGAACAGCAGCGGCAGCAGCGCCAUUGUCACCGUGGAUACCGACGCACAGUACCUCUUUCUUGUCCGGGCGAUCGCCCCGUACCUUGGUCCCCCCUCAGAGUACGCAGUAGUGAAGAUGAUCCCUGACAACCGGCUGCCCCCCCGUAACCUGCACAAAGUCGGGGUGGAGAAGACCCAGGCUACGCUGAAGUGGCAGCCCCCCUACGACACCCCCAGCACCCCCCUGACGUACGUGGUGCAUGUGCGUGACGCGGUGCGUAAGACGGAGCGCAGCUACAAGCUGAGCACGCAGAAUAACACGGUGGAGUACUGCCUGAAGGGCCUGGAGCCUGGCGGCCGCUACAGCAUCAGCGUCAGACUGCGCAACAUGAGCAAGGAGGCCAGUUACACCCUCAACACAGUUCCUCUGCCAGCACCAGAUGCACUGAAGGUAUUGACAGAGAACGACCAUGUCUUCCUGUUCUGGAAGAGUCUGGCGGUGAAGGAGCAGAGCUUCAACGAGAGCAGGGGCUACGAGAUCCACAUGUAUGACAGUGUGACCAACUCCUCGUCCUUCCUGGGCAACACCACUGACACGUUCUUCAGGAUCAACAGCCUGCUUUUGGGACACAACUACACCUUCUCUGUGCAAGCGCAGUGCCUGCUGAACACACAGCUGUGUGGGGAGCCGGCUCUGCUGCACUACACUGACCUGGGCACAGGCCCAGGCCGUGACGCAGCCUCGCGCUCGGACGGCUCCAGUGACACGGCGGUGGUGGUGGUGCCCGUGCUGUUCCUGCUGCUCCUGGCGCUGUGCGGUGGCCUGCUGGCCCUGUACAUGCGACACCGCCGCCUGCAGCACAACUUCACCGCCUUCGCCAACAGCCACUACAACUCCCGCCUCGGCUCCGCCAUCUUCUCCUCCGGAGACGAGCUGGGGGACGAUGACGAGGACGCCCCAAUGAUCAGCGGCUUCUCAGACGACGUUCCCAUGGUGAUAGCGUAGCGAUACCGCCCUCGCCACUUCCUCUCUGCCGUCUUCCCCUCUCCUCUUCGCCCCUCUUCGUUCCCUUUCUCUUCUUCUCCCCCACCAGCGGCUUGUGCCCGUGGGGUAUGCCCACCCCCUACCCCCUGGGGCGGGGGGGUGAAAAUCUAAAUGCGCCGCCAUCGCCAGCCUCCUUCUUCCCCUCCCCCGUUACCCACCCAAGAACAGUCUGCAGUUAAAGGAAGAUGAAGAAAGUAAAGAAAAAAAAGCAAAGAAAGAUAUUUUUUUUAAGAAUACGAUGCACUUUUUUUCGGAUGCGCAAUAACUUAUUUUUAUAUGUACGUGUAUGUAUAUGUGUAUGUGUAUGGGUAAAGAGGACUUUCGUUGCAAGCUGUGAAGGAGAAUGUUUGUUUGAGACCGCAGUGGAUGGAAGGUUGCUGCGUCUCCGACUCGUGAUCAGUGAGGCAGUACACACCUUUAGCUGCGACCCCCAAUUCACACGACGUGUAAUAAACAGUGGACCAAUCACGCGAGUGCUCGAUUAGAUCUGCUAACGGUACCAAGAACCCAGGCCACACGGCGAAUGGCGAACGGUUUCAUUCCGCUUUGUGUUCCCAGCUCGUCACUCAUGUGCUUUUCAUUUACUCUCCAUUUGUCAUGCUCGUUGAAGUCGCGGGCGCCAUGCGUAGGGAUCUUUCCUUUGUUCUUAAUACGCGACUGAUUCUCAAAGCCUGAAAUCUCUCGUUCCCACUUUGAACACAGCGUGACUUCAAAAAAGCUGAAAACAAAAGAGAUACAUACGUUUUUUAAAUAUGCAACACAAAGGGAGGUUUUAGUCAGGGUGAUUGUUAGCGAUCGUUGCUACGAUGCGAUUUCAUCACAGAAGUGAUUAUUGAAGUCUCUGGUAACCGAUCUCCCUUCUCGGAUAAAGAAUGGCUAUCAGGCUUCGUGUGUCACCAGCUGAAUCGUUUGGUCAGAUAUGUAUGUUUUUUUUGUCUCAUGAUAUUUGAUGCCCAGGAAACACUUUGGAGCUGAAUACUUCCUGUUUACGGUUUCCUGCCAUGUUCAGGGUGUACGCGGUACGAGGCUCCCCCGGGUGUGUGGGCCCAGGGCGGGGCGAGAGGGGGUGCUUCCGUAACGGGGAGUCGAGCUGCGGCAGAAAGGUCCGGGUGACAGAAACAGCCGUACAGGCCGGUGUAUCCGAAAAGCUUGCUGCUGGGACACCGUACAAGCUCGCAGAAGCUGUUCGCUGUUACAUUUUAAGCCCCUCCCGUUGUGCAGAUGUGAAAUUUAAUGUUUUUUUUUGUUUUUUUUGUCAGCACUAAUGAGCCAUUUUAACUGGAAGUGAGGUGUUUUUAUUGUGUUUCAAAAGAUUUAUUUCAUGAAUGUAUUCUUCACGUUGUGGCAUUUAAUUUAACGGAUUUGUGGAAAUCCAUCACGUUGACACCGCCUCCCACGCCCCCUCCUCCCAAAAAAAACAAAUAAAUCCUGUAUAUGUGUGUACGUACCCAGCAUUCCUCUGGGGGACACCUGUAGCUGGACUAUGUGACUGACCCCUGCAUCCAUUGCCCACCCUCUGACCAGGACCAGGACAACAAGCCCUACCCCUGACCCCUGACCCCUGACCCCUGACCCCAUUGAAAGAGGGAGAGGAGUAUUCCAGCAGCCCCCCUGACCACGCCCAGCAGUGGGCUAAUUUCUCUCAGUAAUCUUGCCCUGUGAGCUUCUUGUUUUGUUGUUUUCCCAUCAUUCAUCCUUUGUUUUACUGGCCUUAAACAGGAUUGUGAAGUUAAACCAGUGUCUCAGCAGGCUUUAGACUUUUUUUUUGUUUCAGCUUGCCACAUAUGCCUUAUUAUAACACAGAAUGAGUAUGUAUGAUAUGUGAUCAUACACACACACCUUCACACACAGUAAACACACGCACUCACAUCUAAUGUGGUUGAUCUGAGGAUAUUUCGGGUGUAAAAAGCAUGCCUCGUUGUUUUACAAUGGAAAGGCAGUUGUUUGUAGCUCAUUGUAACAUAACUCCUCUGUUCUGUAAAUGUUCUGUUUCCCAAUAUUUCUACUGCAGGAAGGGUACAUAGCACAGAUAAUUAUGUAAAUGUUUUUCCUAAAUAUGUUUUACACACACAAAAAACACAAAAUGCUCUUCUAUGUUGUGUGACCCCUGUACCCCAAUAUUAAAGACAUCAGAAAUGAUGUAAAAUGUUUUUUGUAAUAUAGGAUGCUUAAAAUGUUUCUGUUGCACAAAAUGUACUUGGACAUCACUAUAUUUUCAAAUCUUUAUCUCCGUGCUUACAAAGGGUUUAAUGGAAAUUAAAGUCUCUGAAGAAGUACAACUGAAGGUGUUUUAAGAACCACUUAUACUGAAAUAAACAUGCUGAACUUGU